AUGGAUGUCCUGAAGCAAUUGGCCUGCACCGGGAGGUUGGGCACAAUAUCAACUGAGGUUACACUGCAGAGGUGGUUGUCAACUGGGGCCAAUGAACAGUCAACGCCCGUUCCCGAUGCCACCGGGGACCCGUCACCGGGGCAGUGCAGAUGCGCUGUGGGGGGGGGGAUUGAUGACUUGUCCCCGCCGGCGCGGCCUCGCGUAACCAGUGUCACCGACAGCGUCACCACCAGUGUUACCAGCGUCACCAUGUCACCAAUGUCACCAAUGUCAGUCACCAGCGUCACCAAUGUCACCAGUGUCACCGAUGUCACCAGCGUCAGCAGCGUCACCAAUGCCACCGCGUCACCAGUCGCCACCAAUGCGACCGAAGUCGCG